AUGGGCGAGCUGCCGACCGGGUGUCGGAAAAGGAGGCGGAAGCGGGGAGGAGUCGCCGCCGGGGCCGGACUGCAUCCGCCGCGGCGUCUCCAUGGCACGGCCCUGGCCUCCGACUUCAACGACUUCAUAAGGCGGCGUUUCUGGGCGCAGCCGUGUCGCUCCUGGUUUCCAUCGUGUGGAAAGAACGGAGUAACGAGUCUCACGCAGAAAAAGGUCUUGAGGACACCUUGCGGCGCACCCAGUGUUACCGUGACGAAGCGAACCAUGAAGGACCGCUCUUCAACUCCCCCCUUACAUGUUCACGUGGAUGAGAACACCCCUGUCCACGUCCACAUAAAAAAACUCUCCAAAUCGUCAGCGACCAACAGCCAGAAAUCUCAUAAGCGCGGAAUGAAAGGGGACACCGUGAAUGUGCGGCGGAGUGUCCGGGUGAAAACCAAGGUACCUUGGAUGCCCCCUGGAAAAUCAUCCGCCCGGCAUGUGGGAUGCAAUUGGGAGAAUCCACCUCACUGCCUGGAGAUCACGCCACCGUCUUCAGAAAAGCUUGUCUCCGUGAUGCGGUUAAGUGACCUCUCUACAGAAGAUGAUGACUCCGGUCACUGUAAAAUGAACCGUUAUGAUAAGAAGAUUGACAGUUUAAUGAACGCGGUUGGUUGUCUCAAGUCUGAGGUCAAGAUGCAGAAGGGAGAGCGCCAGAUGGCCAAAAGGUUCCUGGAGGAGCGGAAGGAGGAGCUGGAGGAGGUGGCCCAAGAGCUGGCCGAGACGGAGCACGAGAACACGGUGCUGCGGCACAACAUCGAGCGCAUCAAGGAGGAGAAGGACUACACCAUGCUGCAGAAGAAACACCUCCAGCAGGAGAAGGAGUGCCUCAUGUCCAAGCUGGUGGAGGCUGAAAUGGACGGGGCUGCUGCCGCCAAACAAGUCCUGGCCCUGAAAGACACCAUCGGGAAACUGAAAUCGGAGAAACAGAUGACCUGCUCGGACAUCAACACCCUAACGAGGCAGAAGGAACUUCUCCUGCAGAAGCUGAGCACAUUUGAAGAGACCAACCGCACUCUGCGAGACCUGCUAAGGGAACAACACUGCAAAGAGGAUUCCGACAGACUGAUGGAACAACAAGGGACACUAUUGAAACGGCUGGCGGAGGCGGACUCUGAGAAAGCGCGCCUGCUAUUACUGCUCCAAGACAAAGACAAGGAGGUGGAAGAGCUUCUGCAGGAAAUACAAUGUGAGAAGGCUCAAGCAAAGACAGCAUCUGAGCUUUCCAAGUCCAUGGAGACCAUGCGGGGGCAUUUGCAAGCACAGCUUCGGUGCAAAGAGGCGGAGAACAGUCGCCUGUGUAUGCAGAUCAAGAACCUGGAGCGCAGCGGGAACCAGCACAAGGCAGAAGUGGAGGCCAUCAUGGAGCAGCUGAAGGAGCUGAAGCAGAAGGGGGAGCGAGACAAAGAGUCCUUGAAGAAAGCCAUCCGAGCCCAGAAAGAGAGAGCCGAGAAGAGCGAGGAGUAUGCCGAGCAGCUGCACGUGCAACUUGCCGACAAGGAUCUUUAUGUCGCUGAAGCUUUAUCCACUCUGGAGUCAUGGAGGAGCCGCUAUAACCAAGUUGUAAAAGACAAGGGAGACCUUGAGCUGGAAAUUAUUGUCCUGAACGACCGGGUGACAGAUCUCGUAAACCAACAACAGACCUUGGAGGAGAAGAUGCGGGAAGACCGGGACAGCCUGGUGGAGAGACUACACCGGCAGACCGCCGAGUAUUCCGCAUUCAAGCUAGAGAACGAGAGGCUGAAGGCUAGCUUCGCCCCAAUGGAGGACAAGCUCAACCAGGCGCACAUCGAGGUCCAGCAGCUGAAGGCAUCGGUUAAGAACUACGAGGGGAUGAUUGACAACUACAAGAGUCAGGUGAUGAAGACCAGACUAGAGGCUGAUGAAGUGGCUGCCCAGCUGGAACGCUGUGACAAAGAGAACAAAAUCCUUAAAGAUGAGAUGAACAAAGAGAUUGAAGCGGCGCGGAGGCAGUUCCAGUCCCAGCUGGCUGACCUACAGCAGCUGCCCGAUAUCCUUAAGAUCACAGAGGCUAAGCUGGCCGAGUGCCAGGACCAGCUGCAGGGCUAUGAACGGAAGAACAUUGACCUCACAGCCAUCAUAUCAGACCUGCGCAGCCGGAUCGAACACCAGGGGGACAAGCUGGAGAUGGCGAGAGAGAAACAUCAGGCUUCCCAGAAGGAAAAUAAACAGCUGAGUCUGAAGGUGGAUGAACUGGAGAGGAAAUUGGAGGCGACCAGUGCCCAGAAUAUCGAGUUCCUACAGGUGAUUGCCAAGAGGGAGGAGGCAAUCCACCAGUCCCAGCUGCGACUGGAGGAGAAAACACGGGAAUGUGGAACCCUGGCGAGGCAGUUGGAGAGCGCCAUUGAAGACGCCAGGAGGCAGGUGGAACAAACUAAGGAGCACGCAGCCUCCAAGGAGCGCGCAGCCCAGAACAAAAUCCUGGACCUUGAGACCCAGCUGAGCAGGACUAAGACUGAGCUCAGUCAGCUGCGGCGGAGCCGGGACGAUGCUGAUCGCCGCUACCAGAGCCGUCUGCAGGACCUGAAAGACCGCCUGGAGCAGUCGGAGAGCACCAACCGCAGCAUGCAGAACUAUGUCCAGUUCCUCAAGUCGUCCUAUGCCAAUGUGUUUGGGGAUGGUCCCUACACUUCCUACUUGACCAGCUCUCCCAUCCGCUCCCGGUCUCCUCCUACCUAA